AUUACUCACAUUUACCUCUGCGCGGACAACCGCGCUGCCCUGUCCAAUGUCCUGUCGCUGCGCCCACACAGUGGCCAGCCCUUUUCCCUUCGCUUUCGGGCAUUUCUCGCUCCUCUCAUGGAGCAAUACCCACUUUUGAACAUUUCGCUGCUGUGGGUUCCCGGGCAUACGGGUGUACUGGGUAACGAGGUGGCGGACCGGCUAGCCAAG